AUGACCCCGACAGUGCUAUCACCAGCUUCGCCAGUAGAGCUCCUCCAUUACAUCGUCACCUUCCAGACCUACCCAACCACGAUCCUCGUCUGCUACCCGCGAGACGACUUCAUCUCAACUCUCACAUCCACCGUCCAAAACCACAACAGCAUCCCCCCAGAGGACCACCAAAUCCUCAACGACUCUCAUCCUCCACCACUUCUCUCCGCGACGCUCUACCAGACCGCAGUGGCCCGCCACAUACGCGUCCUCUUCAUCCCGACAGUGAUACACCUCCGCGCGUACCUCUCCGCCUUCGACCCGGCCAAUUCUCUCACUCCACCGCCUCCUAACCACCCGCCACCGUCAUCCGGGAAGCGCCGGCCGCCCCUGCUCCUCGUCUACGGGUUUCUCGACCUCCAUCGCGACAGCAGCGAGUGGAGUGCCCAAGGCCUCAGCAGCUCGGCUGCGGCGCUCGUCGAAGCUGCCCGGCGCACGGGGUUCAAGCCGGCAAUCGUCGAGCCUAGAGGCGCGGGGGGGCACGGGGACUUCAAGGCCGUCCUACGAGACGACGCACCGGUCCUGAGCGGGGGAUCGCGACGGGAUGACGGCGUUUGGACGGGAAGGACGGUCGAGGUGAAGCGGGUUCUGGGCCGCUGGUUCCAUUUCCAGACGGGCCAAUGGGACGUUUAG